GGUGCGUCGUCACGGAAGUGACGUGCUGUACAAACAGCCAUCGCCAAGAUCAACCAAAAACAACGCGUCGACCCUAGGCCUAGGGGCAAAGGAACGAGCGGUGGAGGGUUUGCUGUCUUACGCCGCAAUAAAAUUUGAAAAUGGUGAACAAGAAUUCGUGUGUUCCGGGAUUUGUGUCGAAACUGUGGACGCUGGUUGACAGUCCGAGCACUAAUGAUGUUAUUUGUUGGAGCUCGGGUGGCACAAACUUUAGAAUUCUUGAGGAAGAAAGGUUCACAAAGGAAAUUCUUCCCAAGUACUUCAAGCACAAUAAUUUGUCCAGUUUUAUACGGCAGCUCAACAUGUAUGGUUUUCGCAAAGUACUGUGUUUAGAAGGUGGUCUGGUGAAACCCAAGAACUUAAGUGUGCUGGAGUUCCAUCAUAUGUAUUUCCAGAAAGGAAAAGAGGAUUUGCUUGAAUAUAUUAAACGCAAGGUGUCCUCAGUCCGAACAGAAGAUACUAAGAUCAGCCAGGAGGACAUGUACAAAGUCUUGGAGGAUGUUCAGCUAGUCAGAGGUAAACAGGAAGAUAUGGAUCAAAAGCUUGAAAACAUGAAAAGGGAAAAUGAAACUUUAUGGAAGGAAGUCAGCGCUCUUCGGAGAAAGCACAGUUUACAGCAGAGAACUCUGACUAAGGUGAUUCAGUUCUUUAUCAGUCUUGUUCAAGGGAACUGUGUUGUUGGGAUUAAGAAGAAAAGGCCAUUAACGAUUGACAUGUCUGACAGCCCACCAGCAAAAAUCAGUAAACUGUUACGUGUUCUGCCAAAGGAUGGUGCUUCUUUUAAUGCGAUGUCAGCAUUUAGUAAUACAUCUUCAAGCAAUGUAACCAUUGUUGACAUCACAAAUAAGACAGGGCAAGAGAUCGCAACCAUAUUGGCAGAUGAACUAGACUGUCCUGCUGAAAUCAUCAGUCCUGAAGUCACAGCAGAGGGAGCAGUGGGGAUAUUGGAAGCAGAAGCUAAUGUUCAAUCAUUGGAGCAGGCCUCUUCGUUGCAAGGAGAAGGUGUCGAAGACUUGGGGGAUGAAAUCUUAGAUAGCAUCCUGGCAACAGAAGACACGUCGGUGGCACCGUAUCAGAGUGAAGUAGAGCUGAACAGGGUUGCUAUUCAAGACCACAUCAAUGGCAUUGACUCCUCCUUCGAAGAACUUCAAGCUUUGCUUCGAGGGAAACAGUUCAACGUGCAGCCAAAAUUUAUCAGUAAUCUAUUUAAUCCUGACCUUUUGGAUGCUGAAAUGGACAUGCCAGAAAGCACCAUUACUAUGGGACCCAUGUCAGAAUGGCCAGACAGCAACAUCCAAGGUGAAGAGCUCGCAUUGUCUCCUGGGAGCAGCAAAGGGAACGAGGUGGCACAGUGCACUCCGUCUCAUGUCCUAACGCUGCUGGAUGAGCUGUGCAGCAGCCUGGGUAUGGAAAAGAGCCAGGUGGAGGAACCGCCUGUCACCCCCAGGGCAGAGAGCAGCUCCCCAAAGCCACGCGGGGACGACCUGGUGACCCACACCGGACAGCCCACAGGGUGAUGACACACGUGACGAGGGCUGAAUUAAAGGCGUUGUAUACUGUGGUUUCGUUGUUCCCGCCCCCCUCCCCUCAGAUGGCAUCAAGUACUGCAUGCUUUUCCCAUGAUUACAACAGUCCUGUACUGAUCUUUUUUAAAUAAGAGCUUCAAAUUCUUUCAGUAUUGGAUGGAAUAUUAGAUGGAUGGAUUUCACUAUUAGAUGGAAUCAAUGUCAUGUAGAAGGAGGCAAUAUUUGAUCUUAUGUCACAUUGCUAGAAGAUUCAGCUAAUUGUGAAUACAGUACAGGAAUAAGAGCACUCUAUUCAUUUAAUGGAGUAUGCUAGGAAAGUAGUUUUAACCAGUUGCUGUUUAUAUUUAUUCAUUUUUUCUGAUGCUUUACUCCAAAUCAGCUUACAGUGUUCAGUUACCCACACUUAUUUACCCAUUUAUGUACUUUUAUUGGAGCAAUGUAGAGUAAAUGCAUUAUUCAGGGGUAUGGUAGCAGUAGGCCAGCUCUGAACCUGCAGCCUUUGGAUCCCAAAGCAACAGUGCUAACCAGCAGGCUACCAGCUGCCUCAUGGCUUGUGUGUGAUGUAUUUGGAAAAAGAAGGGCUUGUAAACAUGGUCACAGCAGCAUCUUCCAAAAGAACUAAGAAUGGCCUCUGAAGUAGAUAUGAAAAUAAACCCAAUCUAUAGGGUUAGUGAGUUGCAAAGGAGGUCAAUAAUCUAUGUUGAUUUGUAAACUAAACUAAUAUUGUUUAUGUAUUUAAUUCAGAAUGAUGUACUUUUUUUUUCGUUUGAACCAAAAUCUGGAGUUGAUAAUGCCUGGAGUGGUAUGUCUUUGUCUCUUCAAAGUGGGUAUACAGAAUAAUACUUUAUCAGAAUUUUAUCAUUUUAGUUGAAUGUAACAAGGUGUGUAAUUUCAAUGACAAGCCCUCAAGAACAGAUAAAUAUUCUGCAUAAAAAUAAUAAAAUGUAGUAGCCUUGGUAGUCCAAUGGUACGCAUUGCUCACCUGCUGGAAAAUAGCUGUAAUUUCCUCAAGUAGCGUUCUUAUGAGGAUUAACAGGAUAUUUAAGGAGUUAGGUAAAAAAAAAAGAAAGAUUUUACCUCUUCAAGCCUUGUGAAUUACUUGAGCUCCAGUGGUUUGUGAAAUAUGGCUGUAAGAAAGAUUUUGUGCUUUUUGUGCUGAAAUUUGGAUUAGUGAGACCUGCUGCACCAGUGGAGACUUUGUUUCCCUCAAAGUGCAUGUUAAUGUUCAGUUUCACUUGCUCCUUCAUUAUGUUACAGCUAUUCCUGCAAAGGUCUGCACACACCCUCAGGAUUUAAUUUUUACAGUGAGACAAAUUAUUAUUUCCAGAAUGAUUAUUAUUCAGGUUAUCGGAUGGAAGGUGCAAAAGGUAAAUGUUUCUAAAACAAUGGCCAGUAAUAAUUGACCACAGGCUUGUGUUCUAUAUAAUGUAGGAAGGGCAAAUUUUUCUCUGGUGUACUUAUUUCACGGGUAAGGUGAUGGAGCAGUUUUUUUUGUGCGUUUGCAACACUCUGAUUCUUGAAGCAGUUAAAUCAAACACAACAGGACAGAUGGAAUAAUACUAACAAUUGUUAUUGCAUCAUAUUUUUUAUUAUUUUUAUUUCAGUGAUGGUUUAGAAUUGUUUAGUUCACAUUUUUAAAUCAACAUUUUAAGAUGGAAGAGUCCAACUUCUCGAGUGCUUUUUAGUUAAAAUUU